CUUUUUCUCUUCGCGUUGGUUCUUCAGAAAGCAUUCGCCCCUCCCAAAGAUUUUCGAAGCCCUAACGAGCUUGUCAGAUUUUCUUCUUGCAAGAACUUCAAACAUGGGGCACUCGAACGUCUGGAACUCGCACCCCAAGAACUACGGUCCCGGCUCUCGCACUUGCCGGGUUUGUGGAAAUCCUCAUGGGUUGAUCAGAAAGUACGGACUUAUGUGCUGUAGACAGUGCUUCCGCAGCAAUGCUAAGGAAAUUGGAUUCAUCAAGUACCGCUAAAUGGCCAAAUUUUCCUUUAGAGAAGGUGUAAUGGAUGGAUUCUGUUAGCAGCGUUUUCAUAUAUAUAUAUAUAAGACAGAACCUUGAACUUCCAUUUUAUGCCCCCUUGUUCAUUUUUUUCCCAUGAACCUUGAGUUGAUUGUUGAACUAUAGGCUACUACAAUGUUUACUAAUUUUGAAGGUUUAAGUUGAUGUUUUUCAUCCAGUAGCGUGUUCUUGUUUUUCAAAAA